AUGUUGCUUCCUGCUUAUUUACUUAUACUGGCCUUGAUUAGCCAGCUCAUAACCAACAUCAACGCCUCCCUCGACAGACCCGCAUCAAAAAUUUGGCUUUGUGAAAGUCGUUUAUUGAAAGAUCAGGAGAAAGAGCCGGCACAGGGAUUACGAUUUCCUGGCAGCACUGCCGGGUUCUGGAGCUCUUUCGACUCCUAUGGCUCACCCACAGGACAAUUCUCCAGCACUAAAGCAUACAAGAAAGAGUACCUCUCUCACCACAUUAAACUUUUGAAAUCGGUGUUAAACUAUCUUCUGCGGCACGAAUCCAUGUCUCUGGCACAUCUGGAGGAAUGGUGCCUAGCACUCGAAAAUACAAUUAUUCGACCCCAUCAGACAUACGGAAUGCUUUCUGAUUCAAUUGUCUAUGCUUUUUACACUCUGCUGCUGAAGCACCACGAUGAUGCCCAAUUCACGGAGAACAUGAAUUUUCGACUGACCGACCUUUUGUCAAUCGCAGCCGCGUUCCCAAAUUCAGGGAUCCAAUGGGCGCAAGAGCUCCAUUGCCCCGACGAAGGUCUCAGUAAAAAUUUCCGUAUGUGGGAUACUCUCCAGUGGCAGUUAAUCGGGGAACCUGAACCAAGGUUGCAACCUCUAGUGGACGCAAAGAAUAACAAUGACUAUACAUAUAUUCUCGAAAAUCUCGACAAAAUCAUUGGUGAAAUCUUCUCGAGUCAGCCAGCGAAAGACCUAUCUGCUCAGACCAGAGUAGCCUCGAUAGCUGUACUUUCUCAUUUGCUGAAGACAAAUGACGAGCCUACCAAAGCCAAAGCGAAUGAACUGAUGAAUUCACUCGUAUCGAACUCAAAAGGCGCCUACUUGUUAUUCAAUCAUGAACGAACUCUACUUUCAGUCUCCGAAGAUCAAAAGAAAAACGAGAAAUGA